AUGGCCAAAAGAAAGAAAGGAAGCACACGAGGUGCUUCGAAUCCCGCGGAAGACCAAGAUACCAUGGCAAUUGAUACUCCCCAAAAGGCCGAACUGCCAAAACCGAGCUAUGAUAUCUUGAAAGACCCAUGGACGGAUGAACAAGAAACCUCACUAUUCAAAGGUAUCGUUAAGUGGAAACCAGCCGAUCAGAAAGGAAUUGACAAAUUGGAUCUAGGCAUGCACAAACACUUCCGUAUGAUUGCACUUUCAGAACAUCUACGAAACCACGGUUACGAUCCUCGCGUCGAUCAGCAUACUCGGAUACCUGGCAUAUGGAAGAAGUUACGAACUUGUUACAAUUUAGAUGUAAUUGACGACCGCGAGAAUUCGUUUGACUACGAAGAUGAUACGGAAGACCGGUUUCCUGAAUUUACAUUACCCGACGAUGUGUAUGGAGAAAUGUGUUUCAUGCGAGGGAAGCGGACUGCUAAAGAAAUAAGUGAAGCGCCGUCAUCCCCUCCAAGGUUAAUGGAAACUUCAGAGCCAAAAGAUUCGCCGGAGCCGGAGAUUCAGGGAACAACUAAAAAGAGGAAGAGGGGAAAGGAGAGAGGAAGCACCGUUGAUACUGCGGAAACGAGAACUUCGCCUCCCACGCACAGUUCACCGCCGAGAUCUACCAGAGCCGGAAGAAGUGCUAUUAGAGCUGCGGGAAAGGCGAAAGCGGGAUCGAAUUCGAGACAACAGAGUAUCGCAACCGUCGCAACCGAGGAGGAUGGAGUCGAGGACGACCAGGAAAGGGAAGAGGAUCAGAAUGAAGAGAGUAUUGAUGGGACACCGACGAGACCAAGGAGGGUGGAUACAAAGAAAACUAGGGCACAAUCCUCUACCCGAAAAAGCAAGAGGAAGAGAUGA